GACCUUGCAGUCUUUGUGAACUGUGGGGCUACCGUGGUGUGGUAAAAUUAUCAACAACAUAAUAGUGUCAGUUGUUUAGUAGACAUUUUUUUCAAUUUUGAACCGCGCAAAUUGCUGCGUUAUCUUUGAAGAUAAAGAAUAAUAACAAAUAGUACAUAACUAGCUUUAAUCAGAGUUAUAGGUCUUUUAGAAGCAUACUAUAACAGUAACAGAAUAGAACAUUAGUUUACUUAAUAUGGAUUUGGUUAAGAAUGGUUGGUUUAGUGAAAUUUCCGACUUAUGGCCAGGACAAUGUUUUUCUCUCAAAGUAAAAGAAAUACUCUACCAGGAUAAGUCUGAUUAUCAAGAUAUUUUGAUUUUUGAAUCGACGAAUAAUGGUACCGCCUUAAUUUUGGAUGGAAUAAUUCAAUGCACACAGAAAGAUGAAUUUUCAUACCAGGAAAUGAUAACAUUCAUACCGCUUUGUAACCACGCCAAUCCAGAAAGGGUGCUAAUUGUAGGUGGUGGAGACGGUGGAGUUGCUCGAGAAGUUCAGAAGCAUCCUUUAGUCAAAGAAAUCAUUCAGGUGGAAAUCGAUGAAAAAGUAGUCAAUGCAAGUAAAAAACAUUUGCCUUUUAUGGCAAAAGGUUUCAACUCCCCCAAAGUUACGUUGAAUAUUUGUGACGGAUUUGAGUAUAUGAAGAACCACAAGAAUGAAUUCGAUGUGAUCAUCACCGAUUCUUCAGAUCCUAUUGGACCAGCUGUUAAUCUUUUUACAGAAUCUUAUUACAAAUUAUUAAAAGAAGCCCUCAGACCGAAAGGUGUAAUCAGCUGCCAAGCCGGAACCGUCUGGACAGACCUUCCUCAUGUCAAACAAACGAUAUGCCACUGCAAGAAGUAUUUUAAAAGUGUAAAAUAUGCAUAUUCUAGUGUACCGAGUUACACAGAUGGGCAGAUCGGUUAUUUAGUUGCGACGGUCGAUGACACUAACGAUUUGAAAAAACCUAAUUUUAUAUUCACUGACAAACAAUUAGAAGAAUUAAAUAUUAAAUAUUAUAGCGAUGAAAUACAUAGUGCUGCUUUUGUAUUGCCAAAUUUUGUAAAGAGACAUUUGUCUAAAUAA